CAAAACAUUUCAUAAUUUUUCAUAAUUAAACAUAUAAAAGAGAAUAAGCAAUAAUUUUAUUAAUCAUUGUGAAUUAUUUGCCAAUCCCAGUAGUUCCAACUACAACUGCUCUGUAGUUCGAAAGAUUUAAGGGGUGAAAAACACAUGCCAACAUCACAGAAGUGAAAACUCCGUAUUGAUUUUCCCGAUUUUCACCCGUAUCUGCAUUGCAGUUUAGUUGAUUUUGGGAUAAUCGUAAAUAUUUACAUCGAGUCCAAGCAUGGCGCAGUGCAGAGUUACAAAAUGUCCAACAGAUGAACUGUCACUGACCAAUUGUGCCAUAGUGAAUGACCAUGAUUUCCCAAGUGCUAAACACAUUGAAGUUAACACUGGAGCGGGAUAUGGCAGCAGCUUUGUGUUUUCAAUCAAGUCCCAUCCAAGCAUUCCCAGAGCAAACAUUGGCUUCAGUUUGCCACAAAGGAAAUGGGCUGUUUUAUCCCUUAAUCAGGACAUUACAGUCAAACCAUACACUUGUGAUGACUUCCUCUCUUCCAUUGUACUGGAGGCUGACUACAUGCAGAAAAAAACUACCUCUCAGGAACAGUAUGACAGUGAUGAAAUGGCUAAGGAGUUUUUGAUAACAUUUGCCAAUCAGGUGUUUUCAGUGGGGCAACAGUUAGCUUUUUCAUUCAGGGACAGAAAAUUACUAUCUUUGGUUGUCAAAGACUUGGAAGCUGCAAGUUUAAGUGCUUUAAAAGAAGGUAGCAAUGAGAAACCUAGAAAAACCAAAACAGGUCAACUAAUUCCAAAUACAAUGGUGCAGUUUGAGAAAGCUGAAAACUCUUCCUUGAAUCUGGUUGGAAAAGCUAAAGGAAAAAUAGUAAGACAAUCCAUCAUUAAUCCAGACUGGGACUUCCAGAAGAUGGGAAUCGGCGGUUUGAGCAACGAAUUCAACGCGAUCUUCAGAAGAGCGUUUGCCUCCCGAGUUUUCCCUCCCGAAAUCGUCGAACAGUUAGGCUGCAAACACGUCAAAGGUAUUCUUUUGUAUGGACCACCUGGAACUGGUAAAACUUUAAUGGCCCGACAAAUUGGUAAGAUGUUGAACGCCAGAGAACCGAAAAUCGUCAAUGGUCCUCAAAUUCUGGACAAGUACGUCGGCGAAUCAGAAGCCAAUGUUAGGCGUUUGUUUGCUGAAGCUGAGGAGGAAGAGAAAAGGGCUGGUCCGAACAGCGGACUUCACAUAAUAAUUUUCGACGAAAUCGACGCCAUUUGCAAACAAAGAGGGUCUGUGGCAGGAAACACCGGUGUCCACGAUACUGUUGUAAAUCAACUGUUGUCGAAAAUCGACGGCGUGGAACAACUGAACAACAUCCUAGUCAUUGGUAUGACUAACAGGAAAGACAUGAUCGACGACGCUUUAAUGCGUCCCGGCCGUCUGGAAGUUCAAAUCGAAAUCAGCUUACCCAAUGAAGAGGGCAGAGUACAAAUCUUAAACAUCCACACGGCGAGAAUGAGACACUUCAAGAAAAUCUCACCAGACGUUGACUGCAGGGAACUGGCAACUUUGACCAAAAACUUCUCCGGCGCCGAACUCGAAGGUUUGGUGCGUGCCGCCCAGUCAACCGCCAUGAACAGACUAAUCAAAGCCUCCAGUAAAGUCGAGGUGGAUCCAGAGGCCAUUGAGAAGCUGCUGGUGACCAGAGCCGACUUUUUGCACGCACUAGAACACGAUAUUAAACCAGCUUUCGGCACCGCACAGGAAGUCUUGGACCAAUUCUUGUCCAGAGGCAUUAUCAAUUGGGGAUCUCCCGUCGCCAGUAUUUUGGAAGAUGGAAUGCUGUUCAUUCAACAGGCAAAGGCCACAGACACUUCUGGUUUGGUAUCUGUUUUGAUCGAGGGCCCUCCGAACGCUGGCAAAACAGCACUGGCCGCUCAAUUGGCGAAAAAUUCCGACUUCCCGUUUGUCAAAGUUUGUUCGCCGGAGGAAAUGGUCGGCUACACCGAAACGGCGAAGUGUUUGCACAUCAGGAAAGUGUUCGACGACGCUUACAGGUCGACUUUGAGCUGCGUUCUCGUUGAUAACAUCGAGAGAUUGUUGGACUACGGUCCUAUUGGACCCCGUUAUUCGAAUCUCACGUUGCAGGCACUUUUGGUGCUGCUCAAGAAACAACCUCCACCUGGCAAGAAACUGUUGGUAUUGUGCACAAGCAGCAGAAGGCAAGUUCUAGAAGACAUGGAAAUGUUGUCUGCAUUCACAGCGAUUUUGCACGUUCCUAAUUUAUCACAGGCCGAACAUCUGUUGAACGUGUUGGAAACAUCCGACGUGUUCAGUCCUCAAGAACUGAACCAAAUCAGCAGGCACGUUCACGGAAAACGCAUCUUCAUCGGUAUUAAAAAGCUGUUGGCGCUGAUCGACAUGGCACGACAGACGGACGAAAAACACAGGGUGAUGAAACUGAUCACCAAGUUGGAGGAGGACGGUGCGCUGGAGGAUCCUGGCAUGGCAUAAGUGUGAAUAUGCAAGAUGUGGGUUGUACGUUUAACACUCGACAUCUGAUUUCCAAAACGGAACCGUUGCGAAAUGCAAAUCCCCGAGCACACGUUGUUAUUGUCCUGUAUUAGUAGUUUUAUCUGUUAUGUGUAAUUGUAGUUGGUGUUGAAAUAACGGUGGCGGUUUUGGAAAUCAGUCUGGUUUUAUGAUUUUAAGCUUCAAAACACGUUGUACACACAUGUUCAUUAUAUUAUUAUAUGUUAGAACCGCGGCAGAAAAAUAGUAGGCCUAUAGAAAUGUACUUACACAUAUUUAUAAUGUAUGUAAACAUAUAACCCAUAUUUAUAUAUAUAAAAAUAUAUUUUACGAAUAGCAUAGGCUCACUUUAGCAAUAUGUCAUGGCGAAAAUUAGUCAAUUGAGUAUUUAUUCAGUCAGGUAAAUUAAUCGGACUCACGAGCGGAUUAUUUUAGCUGGCUUGUGAUAAUUUAUUGUAAAUUAAGAAAUAUCAGGGCGGCAAUUUGAAAAUUGUAGCAGGAAUAUCAAUUUUUUAAAAGUAACAUUGUAGGAAAUUUCCGAGAAACUAUAACGGUAGAUUUAAAUUAGGAUAUCUCGGUUGAAGUAGUCCUUUUUUCUAGACGUGUCAAUGUGCUGAAUUUGUAUUUUUCCAAUAAUUUCGCGCAUUUUUAUAAUUUUAAGUGCAAUUUAGGAUUACUACUAAAAACUAUAAAAGCAUUUCCACGAUUUGUUUCGAAACAAAUGUGAUAUGUAUAUUCUUGCAAUUGUAUUUUUAAGUAAAUAUAUUUAUUUAAUUCCAUAGCGGGGCAAAAGAAAAAAGUACAGUGUUACGUUUUCUUUAACCGCGCUCUAAUAUGUAAAUACUUUCCAUUAGUUUUAGUUAGUCUUGUUUCUGUUAAGGACAAAUUUUAUUAUUGUAAGAUAGGCGAUAAAUGCGUGUUGUAAAUCGUUGAAGCUUGUUGAAUUCUAAGAAAUAAAAACUAACUCGUC